AUGGUACGGGAGGAAAGCGAGGAUGUGCGUGGUUCUUCUGCCACAAAUUCUCACCACUCGACCUCGAUCCGUCCCCCUUUCGCAGUUCUGCACUCUGACAAGCUCAACAACAUGCAGCCUUCCAAGCACAAGGACAAGUCUGUUGGCAUGGAACACCCAGAGUCUACCACCGCCACCGGUAUGGAGGACAUCCUCUCUCGCCUCAAGCUGAAUGAUUCUCGCAAACCUACGGCUCCCACCGAGAACAAGACUCAACAGGCUGACUUUGGCACACUGAACAAACUACUCAACAACCUGCAAGACCAGAACAAGACCUUGAAGGAACAAGAGAAGGAGCUGAAGAACGCACUAGACACUGAUACCCGCAAAAUCGUCGAUCAAGCGCCCACUAUUAACUUUAGGAUCAGUGGCCCUGGUCACAUCGAAAUGGCAAACUCUGGUGCAAGCCAAGAUGCCCCAUUCGCAGGCCAAGUCGAUCUCGCCGAAAUGCUGCGUGUCAAGCAAGAACUGGAAGCCGCCAGAUCGGUCAUUACUCGCCAGGAGCUUGAAUUGGCUGAGACCCGCAACCUGAAGCAGACCAUGGAUCAGGCCAUGGGUCCUCCUUCUGAAGUCGACUUUGGAGCUCCCAAUGACAUAUCGGAGCAGACCAUUGGACAUCUACAGAGUGCCUUCAACGCUUCUGCUCGUCCCUUCACAUCACGUACCGACACUUGGGUUGCUCAGGAAGAGCCACGUGCCGAGCAAGCUGACGUUCUUGGUGCUGGUAACUACGGACGUGGUAGGGCCAUUUGGAACAAUCCCUCUGCAUCCAUGACAAAUGUUUUGGCUACAAAUGCCCCUGCGGCAGGUUACACCAACCCUCGUGAUGCCCGCCUCUCUGGUCAAGCCUACAAUGGAGUGUACGGAGCCACUGUUUCCCCUGCAGAUGCAAGCUUCCAACCACGCAACUUCUCAGCAGCGGCAGGUCCUCUUGGUUACGACAUGCGUGCAAAUUCUGAGAUGAUGCCGUACAAUGCAUCAGUCGGCAUGAGACGAAAUGCUGGACAGUUGCGCAUCAACUCGAACAUCACUGAUCCAAUGGCUGGAUACGGUAGCUUCCCCUCUGCCGCAACUACUCUUACUCCGCCACCAAUCAGUCCCAUGGCACUUCCUGCGCAAUACUCUUAUCAACGAGGACUUGCAACACCAAUCACCCCGGCUGCACCCGACUUUCCCACUGGUUCUGUUCACGGCGCGGGCAAUCCAUGGCCUCUUCCAUCUGGAGCAGUCAGCGGUCAGACCUAUGUUACACCGCUUGAGCCAAUGAACUAUCGGCGUCUUCUUGACAAAUCAGUGUCCUGUGACUGGAAGUACAUCGUUGACAAGAUUGUCUGUAACAAUGAUCAACAAGCCAGCAUCUUCCUGCAACAGAAGCUCAAGGUCGGCACAGCCGAACAGAAGUUUGAAAUUGUGGAGUCCAUUGUCAACCAAGCAUACCCUCUCAUGAUCAAUCGCUUCGGAAACUUCCUGGUUCAACGAUGCUUUGAGCAUGGCACUCCGGAUCAAGUCGUGGCUAUUGCAAAUGCCAUCCAUGGGAAUGUCAUCUCGCUCAGCAUGGACCCUUUCGGUUGUCACGUCAUUCAAAAGGCGUUUGAUUCUGUUCCGGAAGAUCACAAGGCUGACAUGGUGCGAGAAUUGCUUCGUCGUAUUCCCGACACUGUCAUCCAUCGCUAUGCUUGUCAUGUCUGGCAGAAACUGUUUGAACUUCGCUGGAGCGGUGAGCCACCACAGAUCAUGUUGAAGGUCAACGAAGCUCUCCGAGGCAUGUGGCACGAGGUCGCCUUGGGCGAGACCGGCAGCCUUGUUGUGCAAAACAUCUUUGAGAACUGUGUCGAAGACGAAAAGCGCCCUGCCAUUGAGGAGGUCAUUGCCAACAUUGAUCUGAUUGCACAUGGACAAUUCGGAAACUGGUGCAUCCAGCACUUGUGCGAGCACGGUUCCCCACCGGACAAGCGUCGUGUCAUUGACCACAUCCUUGCCAAUUCCUACAACUACAGCAUUGACCAAUUCGCAUCCAAGGUGGUGGAGAAGUGUCUCAAGAUUGGAGGGCCGGAGUUCUUGGAUCGAUAUCUUGGAGUCAUCACUACCGCCCACCCAGACCGUCCACGUAUCCCUCUUAUCGACAUUGCGGGUGACCAGUAUGGCAAUUACUUGAUCCAAUGGAUCCUGAUGAACACUCAUCAUCACCAGCGCGAGCAAGUUGCCAUCCAUAUUCGAAAGCACAUGGUAUCUCUUCGCGGCUCCAAAUUUGGUUCUCGUGUUGCCAUGCUCUGCUGCAAUCCCAACUCGGUCACUCGUCCAGGUCCUGGAGCAGCUGUCAAUCCAUUUGGUGCACCUGGCCAACCACGCAGCCAGUGGCCUCGCUUCCGCUAA